CCUGCUCUUGUUGCCCAUAGACAGCAAUCCUUCAUCGACUUCUUUGGUUUAUAGCCACGAGGUUUUUAGAAUUAUUUCAAUUUAUUAGUGAAAUAAUAAAAAGAUACUUCAUUUUAUUCGAACAAAAUGCCGCCUAGUAACCCUUUGCCACCCAAAGAAAAUGCACUUUUCAAAAGAAUUUUGCGCUGCUACGAACACAAACAAUAUAAAAAUGGCUUGAAAUUUGCCAAGCAGAUAUUGUCUAACCCUAAAUUCGCAGAGCAUGGAGAAACACUGGCUAUGAAAGGCCUGACUCUUAAUUGCCUGGGUCGCAAAGAAGAAGCUUAUGAGUAUGUUCGCCGAGGACUCCGCAAUGACCUUAAGUCUCCUGUGUGCUGGCAUGUGUACGGUCUGCUCCAGCGUUCUGAUAAGAAGUACGAUGAGGCAAUCAAAUGUUACCGAAAUGCUCUCAAGUGGGAGAAGGAGAACAUUCAGAUUCUCCGUGAUUUGUCGUUGUUACAAAUUCAAAUGCGUGACUUGGAAGGGUACAAAGAUACUCGUUACCAGUUGUUUAUGCUCAGACCUACACAGAGAGCGUCCUGGAUUGGUUUUGCGAUGAGCUACCAUCUACUUGGUGACUAUGAGAUGGCAAUCAGCAUCCUGGAUGCUUUCCGUACAAAUCAGAUGAAGGGAACUGAUGAUUAUGAGCAUUCAGAGCUGUUGUUGUACCAGAAUAUGGUGCUCGCAGAGUCUGGACAGUACGAGAGGGCUUUGCAGCAUUUACAAAAGUUCUCAUCGCAAAUCCUGGACAAAUUGUCUAUUAAGGAGACCUCUGGCGAAUAUUAUUUGAAGUUGAAGAGAUUUAAGGAAGCAGAAUCUGUUUAUGAAGACUUAUUGAAGAGAAACCCUGAGAAUGUGAUGUAUUAUGCAAAGUUAAUAGAAGCUAAACAACUUGUUGAUCCUGAUGAGAAAGUGGCCUUCUUUGAAGUUUAUAAGAAAGAAUUCCCCAGAGCGAUAGCGCCGCGCCGGCUACAGCUGACGGAGGCGCUUGCGCAGCCUGUGUUCGAGAAACUAGUUGAUGAGUACCUUAGGCACGGAUUACAUAAAGGAAUACCCCCGCUAUUUGUUGAUCUCAGGUCGUUAUACGCAGUUCAGGACAAAGCAGAAACAAUAGAGAAAUUAAUUCUCCAAUAUUUGGAGAAUCUUGCGAAAAAUGGCACGUUUGGUCCGGACCCUAGCGAAGUGAAGCAGCCUGCGAGUGCGUUGCUAUGGGCGUACUAUUACGCCGCGCAACACUUCGAUUACAAGAAGGACACGGACAGGGCACUACAGUACAUCGAUGCAGCCAUUGACCACACACCCACCCUCAUAGAAUUAUUUAUAGUUAAAGGAAGAAUUUAUAAGCACGCCGGCGACCCGGUGUCUGCGUACCAGUGGCUGGAGGAGGCGCAGGCCAUGGACACGGCGGACCGGUACGUGAACAGCAAGUGCGCGCGGUACAUGCUGCGCGCCGGACAUGUCAAGCGGGCUGAGGACAUGUGCGCCAAGUUCACUAGAGAAGGAGUCCCAGCAACAGAGAACCUGAACGAGAUGCAGUGCAUGUGGUUCCAGACGGAGGCUGCGGCCGCGUACAAACGCCUGCAGCAGUGGGGGGAGGCGCUCAAGAAGGCGCACGAAGUCGAUAGGCAUUUCUCUGAAAUAAUGGAGGACCAGUUCGACUUCCACUCGUACUGCAUGCGCAAGAUGACGCUGCGCUCGUACGUGGGUCUGCUGCGCCUGGAGGACGUGCUGCGAGCCCACCCGUUCUACUUCCGCGCCGCCAAGGUCGCCGUGGACGUCUACCUCAGGCUCGACCAGCAUCCCCUGCAGGACGCGCCGCAGACUGCUGAGCCGGAUACAGAAAACUUGGCCCCAUCAGAGCUGAAGAAACUUAGGAAUAAACAAAGGAAAGCGAAACGCAAAGCUGAACAAGAAAGUGCACUACAGGCUCAAGUACAAGUGAAACGCGAGCAGCAUCACAAAGCUAGGCAGCAGCAGGAGCAAGGAGACCCCGAGGCGCCACAGCUAGACGAACUUAUACCUGACAAACUAGCCCGGGCUGAGGACCCGUUAGAACAAGCGCUCAAGUUCCUGCAACCGCUCAGAACGCUAGCUGCAGAUAGGAUAGACACACAUUUAAUGGCCUUCGAAAUAUACUUUAGAAAAGAUAAGCCCCUACUGAUGCUGCAGAGCAUAAAACGCGCGCACCGACUGGACGCGGCGCACCACCACCUGCACGACUGUUUGCUCCGGUUCCAGGGUUGGCUCGACGACAACCUCGCCAGCCUCAACCCCGCCGUCGCCGCUGUUAUCACCAAGGAAAUUGAACCGAUGGUGCGCGGGCGCAGCACGGUGGAGAUGGCGGAGCAGUUCGUGUCGCUGCCGGGCACGGCGGUGUGCCAGGCGGCCGCGCUGUCGGCGGCGCGCGCCCUGCGCCGCCACCGCCCGCCGCGCGCAGACCAAGCGCUGCAGCUCGCCACCUCGCUCGACUACCCCGACCUCUCCAUACAGGGUUGUGUAGACGUGCUAGACAGUCUACGAGACGGCGACUUCGGGCCGUGCGAGAAGGAGAUAGAGCAAUACAUCGAGGCGUGCCGCAAGAAGUUCCCGUACGCCAUCGCGUUCAAGCCGGCGUCGGAGCUGAGCGAGCUGGCCGACGACCGCGCGCCGGCGGACGACGCCCCGCUGCAGCCGAAAGAGAUCGCCGUCAACAACUGAGCACUCCGCGCGCCACUCCUCCCUCGAAAACGGUCUAAAACUAUACAACAACUGUCUAAGCGGUCGAUAGUUUCAAACCCGAAACGUAAAUAUCGAUCUGAACUCUUCAUAGACCAAAGUCCUAGCUGACAGCUUUGUGUUCCGCUGAGAAUGCCAUUGUGAAUUCUGUCAAACGUAGCGAUAGGUUUUUUAAUUAAAAUAAAAUGUUUUUGUAUAUCAGUCUCACUAGUACUGAUUCACAACCCCAAUUACUCCAUUGAAUAGAUUACAAAUUAGUGUUUAAGUACCGAAUUCGAAACGCUUUUUGAUAUACUGAAGGUGCCGAGAUUGUAAGCAAUAAUAGUGUAACGUGAUUAAUUAGUAAUUCUACACAUUCUACCAACUAGACAAUUCGUUUUCAGCGGAAUAUAGAGAUAUUGUAAUAUCCAAUUGAUCAGAAUAUUAGUGAUAACGUUGUAUCGAGAACAUAUUGACUGACGGGCGUCGCUGCUGUAAGUCUUUUAAUCUAGACGUACUUUAAAAUUAACUUGUUCUAAUUACCAAGACGGUAAUGAUUACCAAAUUUAUAAUAUUGAUAUUAAUUAAUGAAUUAGUGUGGUCAUACGCAAAUCAAUAGUAACACUUGAACUACGAAAACCAAUCGUAUUGCUACGGAAUAGAGACUGCCAAAGUUGACGAGUGCUGGUACAUUGUAUUAAUAUUUUUAUGUAGCCAAAUUUGUUGUUAGCGAAGUUUUAGUAAUGUUGUUUUUGAAUAGGAAUAAAUUCUUUGUUUAUAGAACAAUGACUGUAACGAUCGUAGCGUUUGUACAGUGACACGAUGCUGGUUACCGUGUCAUAUAUACUGGCACUAAUAUAGCGUGGGUUCCUGUUUAUCCGUAAUAAUCCUUACUACGAAGCAUUUCGUUUGUAUAAUAAAGCUACAACUAGUAGUUUUAUCCAGGCAACUAUACUAUAUUAUCUAUAAUUGCAGUUAUUUUUUUUUAAUACAUAGAAGUUUUCUUUUAGUAUAUCAUAAAAAUGUCUAUUGGUAGUAUUUAAGGUACUUUACCCACAAGUAAAAUUGACCUCGGACACUGUAUGUUAACAGGAAUUUAUUCUUAUACAGCGGCAUCGUAACAUGAACGAAAGUCGAAGCGUUACAGUCUGCAAUGAACCUUAAAGCAGAAAUACAUUUGCGUGGCGUGUCGUGUCGUGCCGUCGUGGUCACCAAUUGGCUGCAAGCAUUUGGCAGUCCACGCGACACGCCACGACAUACAAGUGUGUUUCUAACCAUAGUAACUGUAUGAAAUCGAUAUACCUUAAAACGGGGUGAAUAGAAUUCGAGGGGUGAAUAGAUACAAUAGAGGGGUGAAUAAAUGUUGGGAACAUGUUCUAACAUCUAUUCAUUCCAGUCUUGUGUAUAGACACAAGAAUUCAAAGGGUGAAUAGUCACCCUUUGAUUUCUAUUCACCCCGUUUUACCGUUACUACGUUAAUGUAUUUCUGCCUUUACAAUAUCGUAACUUGUACGAUUCUCUAUUCUGUUAAUAUUCAUUAUUAAAUAUUAAAAUGAAUUAUUGAAAUUGUUUUAAAGGUAGUGAAGUGGUUCAUGGAUCUAUCCCCGUUACGUAGCACUAGGAUAGACACGCGGCGAUCGAACACUUAUCGUAAACUGUAGUCUAGAUUGUAAUAACUUGGUAACUGAUGGAAUCUUCAUGUCGACAGCUCUAACAUAAAGACGUAGGAUAAUUUGUUUAACGGCUCCCGAGUCUCGAUUCACAAUGAAAGGUGUGGAAAACAUGUUCCUUUAUAUUGUUUAGUUUGUAAGACAGUUUCUUAUGUUAUUGUUUCCCAUAGCUUAAACACUUUCUUCACACAAUUUCGAGCUUCAUUCAAAUAUCUAUUAAGUAUCUGUUAAUACCUCUACAACCCGUUAAUUCAUACUUUAAAAUUGUUUGUAAGACUACGUAACAGUUGCGGUUAUGACAUUAAAUACCAAUAGGCGUUACAUGUUUGUCUUAUGAUGACUUAACCUCUUGUCCGCCGGUAUAUGAGCUACAACAGAAAACACAUUGUGUCUCGCGUAGAUAUACGUUCCGGCGUACCAGGGGUUAACGUUAACAGUUAUAUCUAGUCCUGUGAUCCUCUAAAUGCCUCAUAUAUAAUGGCAAUCCUUAGCAAAGAUAUAAAUUCUCUAUGUAUGUAUUUUUUACUAAUUAGCAAAAUUAAUGUAAUAAUUGGUUUGGAAUGUCUGUGAAGUAGCAUCCAGUGGCCUCAAGUGUUCAACAUAUUCACGUACCAACAUAAUGAUUAGGAUUUACAUUUCAAAUAACGACUGUUUUAAUGUGUAAAAGUAUUGUGGUGCGGCAACAUUGGACGGACGCCGCACAGAGCCCCGUGGCCGGAGGUUACGCUUGUAAAUAAUUCUUACUUUUAAGUUUGUAUUGUACAAUAUCGUUAGUUCUGAGGUCUUUGGUGACUUGAAAUUUAUUGACUGCAUGCGGCGCUAAGGUUUUAAUAUGUAAAAGUACGGAUGGUGACCAUGGACUCAAAUUAAACCAACACUUGCAUUGGAAUUAGUUUAUUUUUUUCUUUUUUUGUAGAUAUGUGUAAAGUUUGGACAAUAAUUAUAUAAUUGAAUACUCCAAAUUGUAACAAUACAUGCACUUAUGUUGUGUUGAACACACUUGAUCAGUUCAUUUCCAAGACAACAUUCACUGAAUGAAAUGUUCAGCUUAAUAUAUUAUUAUAGGAUACAGACGCUCGGCAACAUUUGCACCUACACAUUGUAGGCAAGAUCUGAAUAAAAAACUUUUAUUCCUUUCUAUUUUUAAUUUAUUUCAUUAAUAUACAAAUGUAUUUUAUUCAGUGGAUGUAGUUGAUGUUUAUUUUACACAAAAUAUGUUCAAUUAAGUUAUAAUAAAUCACAUUUGAUUGUUGAUUUUAAUUGUAUUCAAGUGGUGUGAUCGGAGUAUCUGUACCCGUGUCAUCUUGUACAUAAAGUAAUAAAAUUUUAUUUUACAAAUUUAUUUA